AUGAAAUAUUCUGCCUGCCUUAGUAAAUUGAAGCAUGUUAGUCAGAGAAGCAAGGAAUUGAAGUCAAUGUUGUCCAACUACCUAUUGUUUCUGAGGAGAGAAUCAGAAAUAAUUCUUUGUAAUCCAUGUGGAUUAAGGGAACAUGAAUUUCUGGCAAAAUCGAGGUUCCUCCAAUUACAGCAAAAGUUAGAGCAGACAACGUGGGAGGAAACUGCAUUACAGGAUUGCCCAGAAAAGGAACGACUUUCCGAGAGAUUGAAAGACAGAGAAUUGGAAGGACCACAACUGGAAGAGGCAGAAAGUUGGGGUUUGAAGAGACAAACUCAAAGGGAGCAUUUGGAGCAUGAUCAACAAGAUGAGGAAAAUAAACUUGAAGAUCAAGAAAUUGCAUCCAACAAAUAUAUAUUGGAUAAAACUAUGGAGGUGCAUUGCCCUCCAAAGCCAGAAUCUUACACUAUGACACCCAUUAGCUAUUCCAAAGUAAAGCUGCCCAAAAUAAAUCUGGAGAAUUAUGGAAUGGACUUGAACAGCGAUGACUCGACAGAUGAUGAGGGGAUGCCACGCAAACCAAUCCCUGCCUGGGCUAGCGGUAAAGAACUAAAGCAGGCACUGAUAAUGCAGUUUUAUCAUCCAUUUAACUUGGACAAACUCUUUUGUGUCAUUGAACCUCCCAACCUUGAAGCCAUCUUCAGCAAAAGGAAGCCACGUUACUUAGAACGGACAAGUUCUGCAAUGUGGCAUUCACCACCUGGAUCAAAGCUUUCUGAACACAGCCUAUGAUUUUGUGAAACACUGAACUAUCCCUGUUGUGAUGAUUUACAAAAACAUUUUAAGUGCUCUAAGAAGCCAACAAUCUUCUAGUUUGCUUUGAUAUUUUAGCUAUCCUAUUUUAUU